CAUUUCGAAACAAGCGUGCAUCCCUCGCAGAGAAAUACAACAAAGGUUUUGCACCAAAUGCGGAGAUAAUUUAUUUACAAAAUAAAGCACAUUUAGCGUGAUUUACUAAACAUUCCAAGAACAACUACUAUGACGGACACUGAGGAAACACAGUCUGCUGCCAACACAACAUCGAUUACCUCCACAACGCCCAAUGACAAAGACGCAGCCAAAAUAUGUGUUUUGCUAAAUGCCACGGGAAAUGUGCCCAUCAUCAAGAAGCGCACGUGGACGGUGGAUCCCAACAAGACUGUUAGCUGGAUACAAAAGUUUAUACACAAAUAUCUAAAGCUUGAUCAAAAUGAGCAAAUCUUUCUGUAUGUGAAUCAAACAUUUGCGCCUGCUCCAGAUCAGAUCAUAAAGAAUCUAUAUGAUUGUCACGGCACCAAUGGAAAAUUGGUUCUUUACUAUUGCAAGAAUCAGGCGUGGGGCUAAAAUCGAUAUUUGGAUAACAU